AUGGACGAUCCAUCGGAUGACCUGCAGCGGUUGCAUCUUGUGGAAAGAGCCACUGGGCAGUCUGAAAGCGAAGGGCAAGCCACCCGAACUGAGCCUGAAACGCGCCGAGCCGAGCAAGCAACCGAGGACGAAGAGCGCGCAGAGCCAGCAGCCGAAGCACACGAAGACGAGCUAGCGAUCGAAACUGCGCGGCUGAAAGCGCGCGAAGCCGAGCUCGAAACUGCGCGGCUGAACGCCGAAACUGCGCGGCUGUACGCCGAAGAGCGCAAAGCCGCGCGCCUCGAAAAGAAACGGACGUUGUGCAGUGAAAAGGUUUGUCGUGCUCCGUCUCGCUGUCUGCUGUCGGUCAUUGUUGGGUGCACCUGCAUACAGUUGGUGAGCCACCGCACUCACAUGACCGUCUUUGAUUGCACGUGUGCAGGCUUUACGUGGCAAACAAGAGAAUCAGUUGCUAACGCGAUGCCCUCAGUAGCGCCCUCAUCUACCCCGACUCUGACCGAUGCAUAUGAAAAGCUCGGUUGCAUCGUCGCAGAGCUUCCCUGCAGCCACCACUACUACGCAGCGAAAAUCGUCAAGCGCAUCGAUGAGCUUUGCGCGGAUGACAAGCGGACGAUCGACAAGAAGUUGAUCGAAGACCUCAAGUGGGCGGUCGAUGUUGAGCGACAUUCCCGAUUGCCUCAGCUCCAGCAGGAGAGCGACAUUUCUUCCCGAUUGACUAUCGUGCUGCAGCACCACUUUGGCCUGGACUUUGUCCAUCAAUAUUCGAUUGGCGACAAGAACACCCAUGUCGAUUGGGCGGGCUUUGACCAGAACCACCACGUUGUUGUCAUGGGCGAGUGCAAAAAGGACAAGCAGCCUUUCCAUCAAUAUGGAGGACAGGUUGCCAAUGAACUCGAGCGACUGGGAGCCAUUGCUACACGGUAUGAGAGCGACAGCGAGUCCAAUGGACUGGAUGGCCGGAAGUCCACAGAGUGGCCCAUUGUCAACAUCAACGUGGUGGGAGACCAUGUGAGCGCAUACCUGGUCUUGACGAUUUCUGAGGCCAUGUACGAGGCCUGGCGUGAGGACCCGAAGAGCGUGCACGCCUCGUGGCGCGCGUUCUUUGACAACGAGGCCAGUGGUCUCGGCAAGGGCCAAUCCUACACUCCGCCGCCCGUCGCCGGCCAUGCUGCCCCCAGCGCCUCUGGAGCUGCCCCCACCCUCUCGGCCACCCAUUCGGAAAUCCUCAACCACCUGAAGGUCGAACGCCUCAUCCGCGCCUACGAAACUCGCGGCCAUAACAUUGCCAACCUUGACCCCCUGAACAUCAUGAACGCCGAUCUCGACGGCUCGACUCCCUCAGAGCUGACGCUUGCCCACUACGGUUUCACCGAGGCCGACCUGGACAAGACUGUUGUCGUGCCCCCCCACGCCAUCUUUGACACGCAACAGGAGAGCCAUCUUCCCCUCCGCACUCUGAUCGAGCGCCUGAACAAGGUCUACUGCUCGACCGUGGGCUUUGAGUACAUGUUCAUUCAGGAGCGCGAUCGCGUCAAGUGGAUCCAAGACAAGGUGUCGGAGCUUCAGCAGCCCACUUCGGCUGACCUCAAGCAGAAGAUCGCCAAGGACUUGGUUGAUGCUCGUGGCUUUGAGCUCUUCCUGCAAAAGAAGUUUGUGUCGGAGAAGCGCUUUGGUGUCGACGGUGGCGAGGCCCUCAUCACGGGCAUGCGCCAGCUUCUGCGCCGUGGAUCCGAGCUGGGCGUCGAGUUUGCCGUUUUGGGCAUGCCCCACCGUGGCCGUCUCAAUGUUCUGGCCAACGUCAUGAACAAGCCCGUCGAGCAGAUUUUCAACGAGUUCCAGAGCAAUCUCGGUAUCGAUGAUGAAGGCUCUGGUGACGUCAAGUACCAUCUGGGCAUGUCCUCUGACGUCGUCUUUGACGACACGGGUAACCGCAUGCACCUCUCCCUCAUGGCCAACCCUUCGCACCUCGAAGCCGUCAACCCUGUCGUCCUUGGCAAAGCCCGCGCCGAACAGGAUUACCGCGGCGACACCAAGCGCAAGCGCGUCGUCCCCAUCCUUUUGCACGGUGACGCCGCCUUUGCUGGCCAGGGCGUCGUGUACGAGUGCUUUGGCUUCACCCAACUCCCUGCCUACACGACCGGCGGUACCAUCCAUGUGGUCGUCAACAAUCAGAUUGGUUUCACCACCGACCCCCGCUUUGCCCGUUCAACUCCCUACUCGACCGAUCUUGCCAAGAUGGUCGGUGCCCCCAUUUUCCAUGUCAACGGCGACGAUCCCGAGGCCGUCGCCCGUGUCUGCCAGGUGGCCAUGGAGUGGCGUCAGGAGUUUGGCAACGACGUUGUCGUUGACAUUGUCUGCUACCGUCGUUUUGGUCACAACGAAGCCGAUCAGCCCGCCUUUACCCAGCCCCUGAUGUACGAGCGCAUUGCCGAGCAAAAGCCCGUGGACCAGAUUUAUGAGGAGAAGGUUGCCGCCGAAGGCACCAUCGACGGCCAGUGGUUCGAAUCAGCCCGCAAGACCUACGAGGAGAACCUCAACGCCGCGUGGGAUCGCGCCCCGACCUUCAAAAACACCCGCCCCGAGUACCUGGGCUCGUGGUGGUCCUCUCUCAAGUCUCAGCAAGUCGACGUGGCCCAAAUCUACGACACGGGCGUUGACGAGGCUCUGCUCAAGGAAGUUGGCACGAUUUUCAGCCAGUAUCCGGAUGACUUUAACAUUCACCGCUCUCUCAAGAAGAUUCUGCAGUCGCGUCUGGAUAGCAUUGUCGAGGACACGGGCAUGGACUGGGCUACCGCCGAGGGUCUGGCCUUUGGUACCCUUUUGAUGGAGGGCAAGGCUGUCCGCCUGAGUGGCCAGGACGUCGAGCGCGGUACCUUCUCGCAGCGCCACCACGUGCUGCACGACCAGAAGGUUGAUGGCAAGACUUACGUGUCCCUGCAGGAGCUGGCGCCGGCCCAGACCAACUACUCCGUCUCCAACAGCCACCUGAGCGAGUACGGUGUGCUGGGCUUUGAGCUUGGCUACUCGAUGGUCAACCCCCACUCGCUCAUUUGCUGGGAGGCCCAGUUCGGUGACUUUGCCAACACGGCCCAGUGCAUCAUCGAUCAGUUUAUCGCUGCCGGCGAGCACAAGUGGCGCCGCAUGACUGGCCUGACCAUGCUCCUGCCGCACGGUUACGAGGGCAUGGGCCCCGAGCACUCGAGCGGUCGCAUCGAGCGCUUCCUGCAGCUGUGCAACGACAACGAGUCAGUCUAUCCCGAGAUGCGUGAUGGCCAGCGCCGUCAGAUCCAGGAUUGCAACAUUCAGGUUGUCAAUGCCACCACCCCCGCCAACUACUUCCACGUUCUUCGUCGUCAAGUCCACCGCGAUUUCCGCAAGCCUCUCGUUGUCUUCACCCCCAAGAGCCUCCUGCGCCACCCAAUGUGCAAGUCCACGCUGGCCGACAUUGGUGCCGGCACUCGCUUCACUCGCUUCUAUUCUGAAACCGACGAGAGCAUUUCCAGCAACCCUGAUGGUGUCAAGCGUGUCGUGCUCUGCUCGGGCAAGGUCUACUACGACCUGCUGAAGCAUCGCCAGGACAACAACAUCACCGAUGUGGCCAUUGGCCGCGUGGAGCAGAUCAGCCCCUUCCCCUUUGAUCUUGUCCACAACAUGAUGGACCAGUACCCCAAUGCCGAGGUGGUCUGGUGCCAGGAGGAGCCUCGUAACAUGGGCGCCUGGUCUUACGUUGACUCGCGCAUUGAGACGGCUCUCUCAAAGUCGGAGCACCACCAGGGUGCCCGCGCUCGCUACGUGGGUCGCAACGCCAGCGCCUCGGUUGCUGCUGGUGAUAAGAAGCAGCACAACGCAGAGCAGCAGUCGCUCAUCGAGCAAGCCCUCCAAUAAAUUUACCCAUCCGUCUUGGCGGUUCGGCCGCCAUGUGCACCUUUGCCCUGUCAUCUGUUUGCCUCUUGCCCCCUCUUGAUCUUUUCUUCUCUUUCCUCUUCUCAGCAACUGUCCACGCAGCUCUACGAAUUUGUUAGCCCUUGCGUUUUGCAUCAUUGUGCCGUUGAUGUCUUUGUAUAGUUCAUGUCGACAGCUCUGCGCUGUUCUGACAAUUCGUGCUUCUUCCUCUGCCGCCCUUUGUUUUUUUGGCCAAUGUAGAAGCGAUGUUAGGCUGUUUGCUGGCCGACCUCGAAAUCCCUUUUUUUUUCCCCGUUUUCUGGUUUGGUCAACUGGAAAUUACGCUUCUCGUGCCAAAAUCCAUGAGGAUAUU